AUGGCAAGUGGCCGAUUUGUGCCGCGCUGCGUGCUUACCGAUCUGGAACCGGGCACUUUGGAUGCUAUCCGGAAUGGCCGCUAUGGCGGCCUAUACCGACCUGACAAUUUCGUGUUUGGCACUUCUGGGGCUGGCAACAAUUGGGCAAAGGGCCACUACACUGACGGCGCAGAGAUGAUCGAACUAAUCAUGGAGUUGGUACGCAAGGAGGCUGAGGUCUGUGAAUGCAUUCAAGGUUUUCAGAUUGUGCACUCUCUUGGCGGAGGCACCGGCUCAGGACUUGGCACACUUUUGUUGAGCAAAAUCAAAGAGGAGUAUCCUGAUCGUAUCAGCUGCACCUUCUCUGUAGUUCCCUCGCCAAAGGCAAGCCAUUGA